AUGCGUCAACCCAUAUCGACACAACCAGUCACCAAUGGUGACGGCGAAGAAUGGUAUCUUCCCGACAAGAUGCUCACACGACACCCCAGCAAGCCUCACAUUGGCAGCUUGGAGGAGUACCAGCAGAUGCAUCAGCUCUCCGUCAGGGAGCCUGAGGCUUUCUGGGGAAACCUGGCUCGUGAGCUCCUUACAUGGGAUCACGACUUUCACACCGUCAAGAGCGGCUCGCUAGUCGAGGGCAAUCCAGCUUGGUUCCUCGGCGGAAAGCUGAAUGCCUCGUUCAACUGCGUUGACCGCCAUGCGCUCAAGGAUCCUAACAGGGUUGCUAUCAUCCACGAGACUGAUGAUGGAAAUGGCGGUCGCUCUAUCACAUAUGGCGAGCUGCUCAAGCAAGUCAGCAAGGUCUCCUGGGCUCUCAAGGAUCUUGGCGUUCGAAAAGGUGAUACAGUCGCUAUCUACAUGCCUAUGAUCCCCGAAGCUCUCGUCGCCAUCCUUGCUUGCACCCGUAUCGGUGCUGUCCACUCUGUUGUCUUCGCUGGCUUCUCAGCUGGUUCGUUGCGAGAUCGCGUCGUCAAUGCCAAGAGCAAGGUCGUCAUCACUGCUGAUGAGAGCCAGCGAGGCGGUCGAACAAUCGGCAUCAAGAAGAUUGUUGAUGAAGCGCUGAGCCCGCUUGAGGGUGUUCAGACUCUUGUUUUUAAGAGAACUGGUGCUAAGGUUUCGUGGACUGAGGGACGGGAUCAUUGGUGGCAUGAACAGACUGCCAAGUGGCCUAGCUACAUCCCCCCGGAGGCCAUGGACGCUGAGGAUCCUCUGUUCUUACUUUAUACCUCUGGUUCAACUGGUAAGCCGAAGGGCAUUUUGCAUACCACUGGUGGCUUCCUGGUUGGAGCUGCUGCAACGGGAAAGUAUGUGUUUGACAUCCACGAGAACGAUCGAUACUUCUGCGCCGGCGACGUUGGUUGGAUCACCGGUCACACCUACGUUGUCUACGCGCCGCUCCUUUUGGGUGUCUCUACAGUUGUCUUUGAGGGAACACCGACGUUCCCUGAUGCCUCUCGUUUCUGGGAUAUCAUCGCGAACCAUCAGAUCACGCACUUUUAUGUUGCUCCUACGGCUCUUCGCUUGUUGAAGAGAGCUGGAUCUGACCCCGUCAAUCAUGACACUAGCAGUCUUCGUGUUCUCGGUUCAGUUGGUGAGCCUAUCGCUCCUGAAAUUUGGAAAUGGUACUACGAUGUUAUUGGAAAGGGAGAAUGUCAUAUCGUCGAUACCUACUGGCAAACUGAGACUGGCUCUCACGCCGUCACCCCUCUCGCUGGUGUCACACCCACCAAGCCUGGAUCCGCUUGCCUGCCAUUCUUUGGUAUCGACACAGUCUUGAUCGACCCUGUUUCUGGCGCUGAGAUCCACGGCAACGGAGUCGAGGGCGUUCUUGCUUUCAAGACCUCAUGGCCUAGCAUGGCCCGAACUGUCUACGGUGAUCACCAGCGGUUUGAGGAGACAUAUCUCAAGGUGUAUCCCGGAUACUACUUCACUGGCGAUGGAGCUGCCCGCGACCAAGAUGGCUUCUACUGGAUCCGCGGACGUGUCGACGACGUAAUCAACGUCAGCGGCCACCGUCUCUCAACCGCUGAAAUCGAAGCUGCCAUGGUCGAGCACGCCGCUGUCGCUGAAUCCGCCGUCGUAGGCGUCUCCGACGAGGUAACAGGCCAAUCCGUCAUCGCCUUCGUCUGCCUGAAAGAAGCAUUCCGAACCUCAGAGGAAGAAGUCCACGCCGAGCUCAGACUGCAGGUCCGCAACAACAUCGGUCCCUUUGCUGCGCCUAAGAAGAUCUUCAUGGUGGUUGAUCUGCCCAAGACUCGGUCUGGAAAGAUCAUGCGUCGUGUUUUGAGAAAGGUGGUCAUGGGGGAGCAGGAUCAGUUGGGGGAUAUCACAACGCUUUCGGAUCCUUCUGUUGUUGAGAAGAUUAUUGGUGUUGUGCACAAGAGCGGUUAA